CUGAGGACCAGAGCCAUGCUGAGGAGCCAGAGCCUGUGACCUUCUCCAUCUCCAUCCAACUGAGGCCAGCCACCAUCCUCAGCAGCUGACAUCACGAGAAAAAUUGGGGGACCUUGAAGAAGUACUCAAAGGAUCCUUUCCCUGAGAUGUGGGACAUCGGGGCAGAAUGCUGAGGGCCCUCCUAUCUGGCCUGGGGUGGAGGGGAGGCAUUUGGGGCUGCACCUUCAGCUUAUGGCAACCCCAUCUGCCUCCGGCUCGGUUGUUGAGUGCCACAGAACUGGUCAGCCACUGGACAGUGGUCUUUGAGAAAAGGGGCAUCCCUGAGGCCCGGGAAUCCAGUGAGUACAUCGUGGCUCAUGUCCUUGGAGCCAAAACAUUUCAGAGCCUGAGGCCAGGACUUUGGACCCAGCCCCUGACCCCUUGGCAGUUACAGUGUGUCCAGGAGCUGAGUAGCUACCGAUUGCAAAGGAUGCCUGUGCAGUACAUCCUUGGUGAGUGGGACUUUCAGGGCCUCAGUCUGAAAAUGGCGCCCCCAGUGUUCAUCCCUCGGCCAGAAACGGAGGAGCUGGUUGAAUGGGUGCUGGAGGAGGUGACCCAAGGGCCCCGUGUGGUGGGAGCUCAAGGUUGCCCCCUCAUCCUGGAGGUGGGCUGUGGAUCAGGAGCCAUUUCCCUCAGCCUGCUGAGCAAGCUCCCCCAGAGCCGAGUCAUUGCAGUGGACAAGGGAGAAGCCGCCAUCUGCCUGGCCCAUGAGAAUGCUCAGAGGCUUCGGUUGCAGGACAGGAUUCGGAUCAUCCCCUUCGAUGUGACCUUAGAGGGUAGCUGGGCACAUCUUCUACCCUGGGGCCCUGUGGACCUGGUCGUCAGCAACCCUCCCUACGUCUUCCACCGGGACAUGGAGAAGCUGGCCCCUGAGAUCCUCAGCUAUGAAGAUCCACUAGCCCUGGACGGUGGUGAGGAGGGCAUGGACAUCAUUACCCACAUCCUGGCCCUGGCACCUCGGCUCCUGAAGGACUCUGGAAGCAUCUUCUUGGAAGUGGACCCAAGACACCCAGAGCUCGUCGGCAGCUGGCUUCAGAGCCAGCCUGACCUGUCCCUCAAUCUUGUGGCUGUACGCAGGGACUUCUGUGGGAGGCCCCGGUUCCUACAUAUCAGGAGGUGUGGGCCACAGCAUGGUUGCCCUGUGGAUGCCUGGCCAGGGCCCCAACCUGCCAGAGUGCCUGGCUGACAGUUCUACCUGGAAUGCUACUUGGAGGGAAGUGGAUGGUGCCUUCCAGAACCCCAGAUGUUUGUGCCAUUUCCCAUGGCUCUGUGAUUCUCCAUGCUCUACAUUUCUAGGAGACUUGGGAGUAGGCACAUGGGCGGGGGUGUCCUUCCUGGGCCAGCAAAGAGCAAGAGCACCCACAAUCCAGCUUAGGAGCUCAGCAGACCGGAUUCCCAGUCUGGCCCCAUCGUAUCAGUGUAGCCAAGGCAGGUUGCUGUGUUUCUGUGGGUGGAAUUGCUCUAGGGAUGUUGGGAGAUACGGCCAAUAAAGUGGCAAGAGACCAGCAAGUGGUGACCUAAUGUUUUGUUAUUGUGAUUUGUGGGUCCCCUGACCCCUUGCCCUUAAGCAGUGCUGGGGGUAAGAGCUUCCUUCUGCCUUAGCAGAGCUGGCUGGCAGGCCCCAGCUGGUCGUGUGGGGAGCAGUGUGGAGAGAGGCACAUGGUUGCUUCUUCUGGCCUUGGAA